UCUCCACACAACGGAAGCGGUGUACAGGAUAGGCAUGCGCGUGGUGCAAAAGCAAGAAGGAAAAAUCUAAAGCGCUCAGCAUUUAUGGUGCUGCAGUUGAGUCCUUUAAGGCUGCAGAGCGGCGUGUGCUUGCACCCCACUUCAACAGCCCAGGAGCCUUUCCUUUUCUUUCUGAAGAGAUGGGCGAGGCGUCGCAGUUGGAAGGAUAAGAUGCGCAUGAAGUAGUUACCUGGACACCCAGAAAGCAGGAAUGCGACCUGAAAACAAAGCGCAGCUCUAGGAUGACCGCCGCUCUAUCAAGGCUCAAGCUGGCGUCCUGAUUGCUCAGCUGAGACAUGAUCAGAGCCCUCAUCAGUCCACAUGUUCACCACAGAGCAGUGCAGGUGCUGAGGCAGGGCAGGGAGAGCCCCCGCAUAUGCUAAAUGAAUUACCACACUAUAGCUGUAGCUGGGGAAACCAAGAAAAUAAAGUUAACCAGAUCUUCGUAGUCUGAGCAAAGGUCCGUCCGAGCCUGUGACAGGUGGGACCGCGCUGCUGUUCUGCACAGGGAACGGAUGUAAAGCACUCACUGGCUUAGAAGCUCCGUGGGUAUCACGCCACUGAUUUGAAGCUCGUCACCUCUGGUUUCACACAGCAGUCAUUUCAGCCGCGGGAGGAGAGCCAAUGUCUGCCUGUAGUGGCACGCCUCCUCCAUCCGUGCCCAGAGCCUACCUCAACGCCCAACACCCGCCUUCGCCCCCUGCCCCGUCUCCCCUCCACCCGGGGGCUGGCUGCAGCCGCCUGUCCAAUGGGAACCACAGUGCUCCCAGUCCCACGCUGUCCCGAGGGUCCCUCCACGGCACCUCCUUCCUCCUCCAGAUCGGCCUGACCAGGGAGGCAGUCAGUCUGGAGCCGCAUGACCUGUCACUCAAUGCUGUGAAAGAACUCGUCUGCUCCAUCGUUGACCAAAAGUUCCCGGAAUGCGGAUUCUUCGGCAUGUAUGACAAGAUCCUGCUAUUUCGCCAUGAUCUGAACUCGGACAACAUCCUGCAGCGGCUCACGUCUGCGGAGGACAUCCACGAGGGAGACCUGAUCGAGGUAGUCCUCUCGGCCCAGGCUACGGUGGAAGACUUCCAGAUCCGGCCUCACGCUCUUUACGUGCACUCGUACAAGGCGCCCACCUUCUGCGACUACUGCGGCGAGAUGCUGUGGGGUCUCGUACGGCAGGGCCUCAAAUGCGAAGGUUGCGGACUGAACUACCACAAACGCUGCGCCUUUAAGAUCCCCAACAACUGCAGCGGCGUGAGGAAGAGGCGCCUGUCCAACGUGUCCCUGCCAGGAUUGUCCAUGUCAGUCCCGCGGCCCCCGCUAGCAGAGCACGCCACCUUGAUCCCGGAUGAGAGGCUCCAUCAGGAAGCCGGAAAGCGCCUCCCGUCCUGGAGUGGCCGGCCCAUCUGGAUGGAGAAGAUGGUGUUGGGGAGGGUGAAGGUGCCACACACGUUCGUCAUCCACACCUACACGCGCCCCACCAUCUGCCAGUACUGCAAGCGUCUGCUCAAGGGCCUGUUCCGCCAGGGCAUGCAGUGCAAGGACUGUAAAUUCAACUGUCACAAGCGAUGCGCAUCUAAGGUACCAAAAGACUGUCUCGGGGAGGUUCUCUUCAACGGAGAGCCAGCCAGCCCGCUUCCGGACUCAGACACCACCAUGGAGGUGGACAGCAGCGACAUGAGCAGUGAGAGUGGCAGGGGCUUGGAAGAUGCAGAGGAGCCCACUACUCCUGAGGACAAGGUCUUUCCUGACUCCCUGUUUACGGAGCAGGAGAAGGACGAGGAGCCUGUAAAGACGCCACAGACCAGUCCGUCCACUAGCACUAACAUCCCUCUGAUGCGUGUGGUCCAGUCCAUCAAACACACCAAGAGAAGAAGCUCUACUGUGGUGCGGGAGGGCUGGAUGGUGCACUACACCAGUCGAGACAACCUUAGAAAGAGGCACUACUGGAGGCUUGACAGCAAAAGCCUGACUCUGUUUCAGAAUGACUCAGGAGCAAAGUUCUACAAGGAGAUUCCGCUGUCCGAGAUCCUGCAGGUGGAGUCAGCUAAGGACUUCAGUAGUCUUGCCCUGGGGGGCAAUCCGCACUGCUUCGAGAUCAUUACUGCCACGAUGGUCUACUAUGUUGGGGAGAACACAGGCGGCCCCCACCUCCACAUCCACAACCCCACACUGGCUGCCUCUGGCGUGGGACCCGAGGUGGCCCAGGGAUGGGAGAAAGCCAUCCGCCAAGCUCUUAUGCCCGUCCCCGUCACCCCUCAGCCAAGCGUGGGCAUGGCUGCAGGCCAGGGAAAGGAUCACAAGGACCUGUCCAUCAGCAUUUCUGUGUCCAAUAGUCAAAUCCAGGAAAAUGUGGAUAUCAGCUCUGUUUACCAGAUUUUUGCUGAUGAAGUGUUGGGAUCAGGCCAGUUUGGCAUUGUAUAUGGAGGGAAGCACAGAAAGACGGGCAGGGAUGUGGCAAUAAAGGUGAUCGAUAAAAUGAGGUUCCCUACCAAACAGGAGAGUCAGCUGAGAAACGAAGUAGCCAUCUUACAGAACCUACACCAUCCUGGCAUUGUCAACUUGGAGUGCAUGUUUGAGACCACGGAGCGAGUGUUUGUUGUCAUGGAGAAGCUCCAUGGAGACAUGCUGGAGAUGAUCUUGUCCAGUGAGAAGAGCAGGCUCCCUGAGCGCAUCACCAAGUUCCUGGUCACGCAGAUUCUGGUUGCUUUGAGACAUCUCCAUUUCAAGAACAUUGUUCACUGUGAUCUGAAGCCAGAGAAUGUCCUGCUGGCUUCUGCAGAACCUUUUCCUCAGGUAAAACUGUGCGACUUCGGUUUUGCUCGCAUCAUCGGGGAAAAGUCUUUCAGGCGCUCCGUGGUGGGCACGCCGGCAUACCUGGCACCAGAGGUCCUGCGUAGCAAAGGCUACAAUCGCUCCCUGGACAUGUGGUCAGUUGGGGUCAUCAUCUACGUAAGCCUGAGUGGAACAUUCCCCUUUAACGAGGAUGAGGACAUUAACGAUCAGAUCCAGAAUGCUGCCUUCAUGUACCCGCCAACGCUUUGGAAGGAGAUAUCCUCAGAAGCCACAGAUCUCAUCAACAACCUCCUGCAAGUGAAGAUGAGGAAGCGGUACAGCGUGGACAAGUCCCUCAGUCACCCAUGGCUUCAGGACUACCAGACGUGGCUGGACCUGCGGGAGUUCGAGACGCGACGGGGUGAGCGCUACAUUACCCACGAGAGUGACGACGCACGCUGGGCGGAAUACGCGGACGAGCACAGCCUCGUUCACCCCAAGCACUUCAUCAUGGCUCCCAACCUGGACGACAUGGACGAGGACCCCUAGCCACCCCGCGGAGCGCACAAGGGAUGGAGGACAGUGUCGAGGCUGUCACUAGGAGGCACUAGCUCCUUAAAAAAAAACUGUAGUUUCAGAGGUGAGACCACAGCACUGUGCUGGGGCAGUGGAAGUGGUGAGUGUUGCAGAAACAGGCAGGAUAAUGCAGUACAAAGUAUUGUCCUGCUGUGCUGGCAUCUUGGACACGGUUCAGACCCGUGUGUGGUGAUGAAGGAUUUCUCGGUUCUUCUUUCAGGUUAAUCCUAGUCAGAGUAAAAACUAAAUGGGGGUAUGCUGUCGGUAUGCAUUCUGCUCUCCAGCACUGACUACAUCUAAGGGUGCAAGUGUCUGUCUGAUUCGCAGAACAAGUGCUCUCUGUGUUAACUAUUUUACAAUAAUGAUCUUAAUUUGAAAAACAGCACUAGGGGACGUGAUGUUACAAAUGGGAAAGAAGGGUAUGGGUGAUUUAAGAAUUGUACUUGUAUCUGAAGGCUAAGUUCACAUGGCAUUGUGUUUUGUAAACAAACUGGAAGAGUAUUUUUUUCUUUUUUAAAAAUAUGCUGGCUGAAAAAAUGUAAGAUUUUACAUUUAAGUACAUGCAGUCAAUAACUACAAGGAAAUCUGCAGUUUUUCUCAUAACAGUCCACUUGAGAAAAGGACUAAAUAUUCAAGAGGAGCCGAAAGGGAGAUGUUGAGCAAGAGACCCUUCACAUGCAUUGUACAGAUGAUAGUACACCAAAGCUGAAAUAAGGCAAAAUCAACCAUUUUAAUUGAUCUGGAAGAGCUAGUGAAGGUCUAUUGACAAAUAACUCCAGUAAUUUGGAAUCAGGCACCUUUCAUGUUCAACCCCCCACCCCCACCACCUUAGUUUAAUGGGCAUCUUCGCUAGAUUAAGUGGUUACCAGUAAGCCAUUUCUCUGUCCUAUUUUAACACUUACAUGUGUAGGGAGGCUGUGGUGCCUCACACAAAAUCUGUCUCAUGCUUUGGAGGGCCCUUUCAAAAGCACUACAAUAGGUUAACGCAACUUCCUAAGAGUUGUGUAAAAAAAAAAAUAAAAAAUUAUAGGCCAUUUACACACAAGACAUUUGCUCAUAACUAAUACAAAACAUGCUUUGAUAGUAUUAUUAUAUGACUUUCCUUUUUCAUGUGAGCUGCACACUGAAUGAACAUGGAAACAUGGAUGUAUAGUAUUGGAGGCUUUCAAAAUUAAUUCCAGAACUGGACUACCAAAGUAGGGAGGCAGUAAAAAGACUUUUUUGUUCCAGUUCUAAAUGCUGAACCAACUUCAACUGGGGCCUGUUUUCACUCAGACCAGUAAGAUACCACAGUAACAUUUGGAGCUGAGGCAGUAUAUGAAUGCGUGAUCUACUGCCUCACCAUCCUAUGGUGUGUGCUAUGAGAUGGAACUUAUGUCUGUAUGGUGGCCAGCUGAGAUCUUUCCUUAAAGAAGGAGUAAGAUCUCUCCAGUCUAUUUAAUUUAUCCAAUGUGACCCGCUGGACAAUACGUGCACUCUUAGAAUGGUUUGCCAUAGCACAGAAUAAGGAGCCAUUGUGAGCAGCUCGAUUUGACUGGCUUGUCUGCAUGAGAUGGAAACUUUUCCAUCACUUUUUGAUCCUUUAACCUGGGAGAAGAAGUGGGUGGUUUCUCCCCUGGAUCUUUGUAACAGUUACUUUAUGUUGCCGCUGGAUUGGCAGGUGUGAGUGUUUUGUAUAUUUUAGUACAUAAACAAAUAAAUGGUCUACAUCA